CGCUCCCGUUAAGGUGGUUAACGGUUAACAUAUUUUGUGGUUAAAACAAGUUAUAAACUCGGGAUAUUGGUUUCACGUUGGCGUUUAAUAUUUCUACAUCUUAGUGAUUUUUGUGUUCGUAGUUUUAACUGCGUGUUAUGAAUCUUACAGCGUUUACAGAAAAACUUCGAGAUCAAGGUACUGAAUAUAAAUCGAUAAUUUUGUACUAACGAAUCGAAUGCGGUCAAUUAAAAUUCCGAAAUGGAACUGCACGUAUGGGCGAGAUUUGACUUCAGCGGGAAACUGCAAAGCGUCUCGUCGACUUUCACACAGUCUUCUGAAGGGCUCUGCCCUGGUGUAGUACCUUUGACAGUCCCGACGGCCGGCGACCCCGGGGAGCGGUUCGUUCCCUACACGGACAAGAAGGCGCUAGACCGGAAGUUGGACAUCAAAAUCGACGAAAUGGGAAUGCUCGUGAUGCAGAUGGCGGAACUGACGCGGAAGAACAAGGCCAUGGAAAGCUUGAUCAGGAAGCACGAGGUCACGAUCGCCAGCCAACAAAGAACGAUUGAGCGUCUUAGCACUGCCGUUUACCCGGAUGUAGCGCCCGGAGCGCAGAAAGUUCCAUCUCCGUCCGUAACGGAAAGGAAGACGGAUGUGAACACAAGCAGGAGUUUUAAAAUACCUGGGGAAAGACGUAUAGGUUCUGUUGAAGGAGAAAUUGUCAGAAAAUCAGAAAUUGAUUUUUCUGUCGAAGAACAUAGUUCAACAAAUUUUUCCGCUGUUGCUAAUAGACCCAGCACGUUAAACAUUGGUUUUGCUGUAUCAACGAGCCAUGAAAAGAAAGACAAACAUCAAAAUUACAACCCGUAUAACAUUGACGGAUUGUUGCAUAUGAGAAGUCCAAAAAAAUGUGAGUCAAUGAAGGAACAUUCGGACGAUCCUAAUUCGGAUGGUUAUGUAAAACCUGACGGUCUCCUACAAGACAGCUAUUUAAAAUUCGCAGUUCAUUCCAGAGAUCACGGCACUCCACCGCCCCAUUCGUCACCUCUCUUUGAACAUUCACCCAAUAUGUCUGAAGGAGUUGUGGGCGAAAACCUAGACGAGAACGGGUAUCUGAAGUUACAGGGGAAAGACGGAGGGACUUAUGCGACGGAGUCACCGGCCUUUUCCGCUGACAGAUGCUUCAGUGACGACCACGUGAUCCAUAUCUCCAACAAAGAACUGAAAUCCCCAGUGGAAAAGUGGCAGGAAGUACAUGAGUACUCACAGUCGCCCCUUGCAGAGGGAUCGGACGUUGUUCUGCAACCACUUCCUGAUGUCUACACGGGCUACAUCGAAAUAUCGGACGUAGAAUGCACGGGUAAAAACCCCAUUUUACCCUCUCGACGCCUCUGUCAGGCUUACACAAGGUCCGACGGAGGAACCCCAACGUGCUUGAACAAGCCUCCGAGCAGCGGCCUCGCCCUGUCACCUGCUCUCGCUCGUCUGCAUGGAAGCUCAUUGACAAUGACACAGAGUGAUGGCUCGCGGUCGCGGAAUCCUGCUGACGUAUCGGAGACUUAUUCGCCCAUGGUCUUUAUGGGACAUAGGCACUCUAGUCCGGAUAUCCGGAAGGACGACAAGCUUAACUCCAUACUCAAGGACAUGCGCACUACGGCGGAAUGGAACACGGAGAAGCGUAGCCUCAUGUUCAACUCCACCGAAUGCACCGCCCCGCAAGCUGAGCAGCAACUCGGAGCUAGCGUUCAGGUGCUGUACAAAGCCUUCUCCAACCUGUUCAUACAGAAAGGUCACGCACGGAUUAUGCAGUAUACCCAAUCCCAGAUCCUAAAGCGCGUAUUGAACGAAAUAGAACACACCAAGUCACAUGGCAUAGACGUCUCCGAGGGAUUCUCCCGGAAGUGCAUCGACCUCAUGCGCGUGUGCUUCCGAGUAAAGACGCCAUGAAGCCCUUCCCGUGUGGAAACGCUAUGUGCAUUUCGAAGACAUUUAACGAAGACACACUAGGAAAGUGAAGUGCGAUGUAAAAUUAUCUUACUAAAUGCAUGCUUUGAUCUAUUCGCGCGUAACAUUUAUAUUGGUGUAGUUUGUUUCAAACUUCCCCUUCAAAUUGAUUCUUACGAACAUAUCCAUCUUUUGGUGUAGCCCGCAGCCGAUAUUGAUCAAAAUCGAUAUAAAACAUAAAUUGAAUAGGGAAUUUAAGUUCUUUCUAUUUCAAACUUUAAUAGUUUUGUUAACAAUUCAAAUAUCAAAAUUACUCGAGUGGAAUAUUUCUCUACAAUAUAGCCUAACUUUUAACAAACAGGUUCAAGUUUUUUUUUAACACGCUUUGAUUGCUAUAAUAUAUAUAGAAUGUUAAAAAGUUCUGUAUGUUAUUCGGUGGAUUUAAAAUCAGAAACAUGUUUUUCUUUAUACCAAAAUAAUAAUAAGUGUUGUUGUUGAUAUUGUUGAUUGUAACAUUUUACAGGAUGGGUAUGUUUGUGAAUUGAAUUUUUAAAAAUAUUGAGAAUAAAUAGUAUUUCGUACUGUAUUUGAUACAUGUAUAUGUUCUUGCCUCUGUUGUCAAAAUACGGUUAAGAUUGACUCACCACUUCAGUUGGACGACCUAUUUUACAUAAAUGCGAUGUAUGACCCUGUCAUAAAAUUGGUAUUCUAUAUAUCGCCCUUUGGCUUCUAUGGACUUUCUUUACAAUACGAGGUUUAAGGUCAUAUGUUUGAUAAUUUCUUAAUCGAACGCAUAUAAGUUAAUUUUCUGAUGAUGAUUUGUGAUAAAUGUUGGUGAUUUUAAUGGAGCGAGUAUUAAACAGUGUUCGUUC